GACCCAAAGACAUCACAGCCUACAAGCAGACGUAUCAUCCUGAGGAUCCAGAGAUGCUGUUCCUUAGUGUCUUCCUGCUUUCCCUGGUAGCUACAGAUGCUGCGAUGUUCCCCAAAGCUUGUAUAACUCCUGGAAACAAUGACUUUCCGGUCCCUUGCUGUCCUAUGUACAAAGGAACUCCUUGUGGAUCGGGAGAGAAUAGGGGCAGUUGUGUGUCUACAAGUCUUAGCCGGUCACUGCCACCACCAGAUAAUCCCAAUGAUGACAGACAAAACUUCCCUGGAUAUUAUUUCAGUUCAGUAUGUCAAUGCAAAGACAACUUUGGUGGCAUCAACUGUGGUGGAUGUGCGGGUAACCGUUGGGGAGAUAACUGUGAAAAGAUAAAAGAUCUCGAAAGGCAAGAAAUCCGAGAGAAGAGUGAAACUGAACAAAAGCGUUACAUGGUUUGGUUAAAUUUUUGCAAAAAAAAAAUGGAUCCAGACUAUUACAUCCUUAGAGCAGGAGAUCGUCUCCGCAGCGGGACCUACGAGUUCCUCAAUGCCUCUUAUUAUGAAGUGUGGACUUUUAAUCAUUACUACGCUUCAAAGGCUUUCAUUAACAAUACAAGAGAAACCCGUUCCUUCACCUUUGGAGAAGGCAGCACCGGAUACCUGUCCUUUAAUCGAAUGUCCUUACUUUUUUUGGAAAACCAAAUGCAAAAAUGCACCAAAGAUCCAUCAUUUGCUCUUGCAUAUUAUGACUGGCGAUCAGAUAAACAUUGUGCCAUGUGCAAUAAUGAUCUUCUGGGAGCCAACGAUGACCAGGGUUACCUCCAUCCAUACAGUGCCUUCUCUAAAUGGACGAUGAUUUGUGCAGAUUUUGAUUAUCCUACCACAUACUGCUUAAUGUCCGAUAACAUUUGUGAACGACCAAAGAUAAGACGGCAACCCGGAGCAGUGUUGGGUAGUGUCAAAGCAACCGGAGAGGAUGUGGAGAACUGUCUGAGUCAACCAUAUGUGGACACCCCCCCGUACAACAUGGAUUCAGUUGGAAGUGCUCGAAACUGCAUAGAAGUAAAUAUUGACGCUACGAUGUCGAGGUUUUUUGGAGGAACAAUGAAUGAACACCCCAUCGCCUCCAAUGACCCGCUCUUUACCUUCCAUCGGGGUUUAAUCGACAAAUUAUUUGAGAAAUACAUUUUGAAGUGGGGGCUCAACAAAUCCAGUUAUCCCGACAACCCCAUUUACGGGCACGGACCAUAUGACUGCAUCAUGCCAUUCUAUCAGUGCACUCGAAACCGCGAAAUGUUUGUUCCCAGUACCACACUUGGUUAUCAUUAUUCAACUUAUAAUGGUUUUUGAGGCAGCGGAAUGUGAUUCUCAUGAGACGAACAGGACUAAUCAAGAAUCGGACGUCCACGGCGUGAAGCCACCUUAUUACCGAUGAUUCAGAGCAAAUGACCAGAAAAUGCACAACCAAUCACCGAUGAUUCUGCACAA